CCACUAUGCCCCCCAAAAGGGAACAAGUCAAUUACACCGUUUUACAGGUACCUGGCGUGCCCGCGCCCGCUGUGUUGUUCCCAGGCGGCGCUUUCCAUCAGGUACCGUACCUGUCAUCUUCCACGCGUGUCACUCACUUGUCCCUUGACUAGUCUCCCCCGGCCCGUCUUCUUCUCAGCCCAAAGAAGAUACUGAUUCUUCCACACACACUCUCUCUUGUAUCUCUCUGUACUGGUCCUUCUUUUUUCCCUCCCGAGUCAUCGUUUUCCUCCGUUCUUUAAGCUUUCCCCGUUUCCUUCCUUUUUUAUUUAUUUAACAACCUCACGGCCCAUUGCUCAUCGCUCUUUGAAUCCUACGCUAGCACAACGCCAUAUCUACCGUCUUUACGACCAACAACAUCUCAACACACCGAGAUAUCACGCUCUUUAGCUUUUCAGCUUUACAAUCUCUCUCGACGCGAUCAGCCCUCUCUCUCAUUUCGCUCUCGACUACCCAGUCUUUUGGUGCCGAUACAAAACACUCUCUUUCGCAUCGCAUCAGCAAGUCGCUGUUUAAACUUCGUCAACGCAUAUCCACCUGCGCAUCGCCGUUGAGCUUACCUCGCUUUCAAAACCUUAAAACGCUAAACGCGCUACAUCGCAAUGAAGUUCGAAUCGCUUCACACUCUCCUCGGCUCGGCCUUGGUCCUGCUCACCGCAGCUCCCGUCGAUGCCUCUCUUGCUCACCGUCAGCUUCACCUCCUUGACAAGCGCCACUCUCUCGCUCACAUCCACGGUGGUGCUAAAGAACAGCGCGCUCCCGUCGCCUCUGCCAAGGUCGCUAAGCGUGGUGUCUGCCAGUUCCCCGGUGGUGACAAUGUCGUCGCCAUCACUCCUGAUGCUCAGAACGCUGGUUGGGCCAUGAGCCCCGACCAAUCUUGCAAGCCUGGAAUGUACUGCCCCUACGCCUGCGCUUCUGGCAUGGUUGGCACUCAAUGGGAUCCCUCUUCUGCCUACACUUACCCUGCCUCCAUGAACGGUGGUCUCUACUGCGAUCACGAUGGCAACGUCAAGAAGCCCUUCCCCGGCAAGCCCCUCUGUGUCCCUGGUACCGGCGCUGUCAAGCUCGUCAACAAGUGCAACAAGUUGAUCUCUGCUUGCCAGACUGUCCUGCCUGGUAACGAGGCCAUGCUUAUCCCCACCGUCAUCGAGUCCAUUUCUACUCUUGCUGUUCCUGACAUGAGCUACUGGCAGAGCACCGCUGCUCACUACUACCUCAACCCUCCUGGUGUUGGCAGCGACGGCUGCAAAUGGGGCACUGACAGCCACCCUAUUGGUAACUGGGCUCCCUACGUUGCUGGUGCCAACACUGUCGCCAACGGCGAUACCUUUGUCAAGAUUGCCUACAACCCCGUCUGGCAGUCGUCUGGUCUUGGUUCCCAGGCUCCCUCUUACGGUCUCAAGAUUGAGUGCCCCGAUGGUGGCUGCAACGGUCUUCCCUGCAUGAUCAACCCUGGUGGCUCUGUCGAGAGCAACAACGGAGCUGUCGGCGCUGGUGGCUCUGCCUUCUGCGUUGUCACCGUCCCCAAGGGCAAGACUGCUCACAUUGUUGCCUUCGAUGGCUCUGGCGGCCACUCUGCUCCUGAGACCCCCAAGCCCAAGGAGACUCACGAGGACAAGCCUGCCCCUACUCCUGCUCCUCCCAAGACCGAGACUCCCUCUGCCCCGGCUACCACUGCUGCUGCUCCCAGCUCUUCUGCCACUGAGCAGAGUGCUUCUUCCUCUUCCCAGGCUGCUUCCAGCGCUUUCGGUGGUAUCUUCCACGAGAACAGCAACAGCUCUACUGAUGCUUCAUCCACCAUUGCCGUUGUCCCUUCUGCCUCCCACAGCGCCCCUGCUGUUGUUGACAAGAAGAACGAUGCUGGACGCCAGCAAGGAAGCGCUGCUUUUGUCGGCCUCAUUGUUGCCGUCGUCGCUACUGUCUGCUUCUUCUAGAGGAAGAAAAGCGGGUGGCUGUCGCCUGUAUACAUUGCAGCCAGCUCGGUCUUACAUAUUCUUGAGCACUCUGCCUCGGUAGAUGUUCGCCGACUUCGUCUGCGCUUUGCAGACGGAAGUAUUUACUCUUUACCCUCUUCUUUCAGUUCACUUGAACAAUUUUUCGUUGCUGAGCAACUCUUAAAAAGGACUGCUUCAGCCUCUAUUUAUGGUUACUGCCGCGCCAUCGGUUAACCGCCUUUUAUUCUUUUCAUGGUAGAUACCCCUUUCCAGCAUUUGGAGAUUUUUUUUUUAUCUUUUGGAUAUAUUCGGAGUCCAGCGUUUUUUGAGGAAACAAAAAAGCGAAAGCGAUGUUUAGCUUGCUGCACCUUGUAUAUGUGGUACAGCCUGCUUUUUUUCACGUCUUGCAAGAGACGUUUAGCUGUUCAUUCUCAUGAUGUUUAUGUGGGAGCGGCUAUAGAUUUUAUGAACUUUUUAGGUAGAAACAAAUGAAGACAUGUUUUUUGUC